AAUUUUAAUAUUUUUAUUGUAAUUAAAAAAACUGUGAUCGUGUGUGGACGUAUCCUGACGCAACGUGCUCCGAGGAACACUGGACUUCGCCCACGUCUAUCCCAGUUCAACACCUGGAAUGCGCUUCUAAUAAACGUCUGCAGGCGCCGACAGCGGGCUGACCUCACGGGGCGCGCGUGGCUGAGCGGGAGCGGCAGGGGCCGUGAGGGAGCGGCCAUGGCGGCGCUGCUGCUGUUGGCGUCGCUGGCCGGGUCGCUGCUGGCGUCGGCCGCGCGCUCGCCCGACUUCUGCCCCGCCGGCUGCACGUGCGACGACGAGACGCUGGUGGGCGAGUGCAUCGACGCCAACCUCGACGUCAUCCCCAUCACGCUCAACCCCUCCAUCCAGCGCCUCGUGCUCAAGCACAAUCGCAUCAAGACGGUGCACGCGGCCUUCCAGUUCUACGGGCUGCUGCAGUACGUGGACCUGUCGUACAACCACCUGGUGAGCAUCCCCACGCGCAGCUUCGAGGCGCAGCGCAACCUGGUGGAGCUGCACCUGGAGCACAACAAGAUCUCCGCGGUCAGCAACAAGACCUUCAAGGGGCUCAACGCGCUCACCGUGCUCAACCUGCGCCAGAACUUCCUGGAGGAGCUGCCGGAGCGAGCGUUCACGUCGCUGCCCAAGCUCGAGCAGCUCGACCUCGGACAGAACCGCAUCGCCAGCGCGUUCGCGGGGCUGUCGCAGCUGCGCGUGCUGCAACUGGACGACAACCAGCUGCGCACGGUGCCCACGCCGGCCUUCAAGCUGCUGGACUGCCUGGCCGAGCUGCACGUGGGGCUGAACGCCUUCGCCACGCUCCCCGACGACGCCUUCCGCGGCCUGGGCCGCCUCACCGUGCUCGACCUGAGCGGCGCCGGCCUCGUCAACAUCAGCGAGCACGCCUUCCGCGGCCUCGACGGUCUUCGCACUCUCAAGUUGGCGGACAACCGAUUACGCACUGUACCCACCAAGCAGUUGGCGCCACUGUCACGGUUAGAGGAACUCACUGUCGGCCAGAAUGAGUUCUCAGCACUUGAACCUCACGCCUUCCAGGGGUUGACCAACUUGCGCGUGCUGGACGUGAGCGGCGCGGCGCAGCUGGAGCGCGUGCGCAAGGGGUCGCUGGCGGACAACCUCAACCUGGAGACGCUGGUGCUGAGCUCCAACAAGCGGCUGGCGUCGGUGGAGGAGGGCGCGCUGGCGGGCCUGCCCAACUUGCGCCACCUGGUGCUGCGCGACAACGCCUUCGUCACCUUCCCGGAGUCGAUGACCACGUGGCCCGAGCUGCGGCGCGUCGACCUGGCCGAGAACCCGCUCGAGUGCCAGUGCGGCCUGCUCUGGCUCAAGGACCUGCUCGUGCAGCGCAACUCCAGCCAGGUGCUGUGCGCCGCGCCGCCGCACCUCAAGCCCACACCACCGGUUACCAUGAAACCUCGUGACCUCACGCAGCCGGAAUGUUAUUCGAAACCAGUCAUCAAAAAGUCUGUGAUCCGAGAGCGCUUGCUCGCACAGGCGUAA